AUGUUGUUAAAGAAAAACAUCUUCAGAAUAGAUAACAUUAAGGACAACGACAAAUUUUUACGAUUCUACUCUGGCUUUGCUAACUACGAUAUCUUUACCACGGUCCUUGAUAUUCUUGGACGUGAUGCAGCUGUUAACUUGAAUUACAAGAACAAGGACAGAUCAAAAAGUGACUCGACCCGAAAUGUAGAACCUGGCCGAACUUUUAGCAAUGAAAAUGAGUUAUUGAUGGUUCUUUGUCGCCUCAAAACUGGUUUACUUGAGGAAGAUCUUGCAACCAGGUUUUGUGUGACUCAAAGCAUAGUGAGUCAGAUAGUUAACACCUGGAUUAAGUUUAUGUAUUUUAAAUUUAAAGAACUUGACAUUCUACCUAACAAAGACAUUGUAGAUGGGCAAAGAACAGAAUGUUUUAACAUGAAAUACAAGAAUACAACUAUUAUUAUAGAUGCUACAGAGAUUUGCAUCGAAAAACCUAGCAAUCCUGCCGCACAGCAAAUCACCUUCUCACCAUACAAGAACACGAACACGCUCAAGGCUUUAGUUGGUAUCAUUCCAAAGGGAGUCAUUUUAUUUGUUUCUGAAGCUUAUGGAGGCUCCAUUUCAGACAGAAAACUUACACAGAAGUCAGGGCUUAUAGAUAAAUUGCAGAGAGGUGAUGCAGUUAUGGCAGACAGAGGCUUCAACAUUGGGGGAGAUCUCGCGCACAAGGGAGUUCCAGUCAACCUCCCACCUUUUAUGAAUCCGUCUGGUCAGUUUGAUAAGGCAGACAUGCCUACUUUCGUAAUUCAUGAACAAUUUUGGGGAUAG